GGCUGUGUGUCGCGUCGAGGCGCGCGCUCAUGUGAGCUGUGGGGUGCCCAGGUGCAGGUGUUGCUCCACCGCAGACUACUGACUACUCCACAACCACCGGCCGCGAUGCUUGCCUGAGGGUAUAAUCCUCCCAUGGGCGCGUCCGACUCCAAGCUCAGCUUUAAGCAGGGCAUCUUCCGCCUGGCGGAGCCCAAGCAGAUCUCCGCCGACGACACGUACUGGACCAGCUUCUGGGAGCUGCCCGAGUCGGCAGAGGAUGUCUUCUCGCUCUUUUCGCCUGCCGACAUCCGGCGCACACGCGACAGCAACCUCGCCAACCUCGAGACGCUGGUGCUCGCCGUGACGUCGCGCCUCUGCGUGCUGCGCAACCACCCCUCGUUCCCCGACCCGGAGCUUGCGCCCGAGCGCGACGCCCUCAACUGCAUCCGCGUGCUCACCCGCAUCCUGCCCUUCAUCUACGAGGCCGACCAUCUCGAUGCCUGGGAAGACAACUUCUUCUGGGGCGCCCGCAGGAAGCGCAGCCGCCGUGGGCAGCCGCGCACCGAGGUGCUCUUCGACGAGGCCGAUCCUGAGCAGACGCCGACCGCCAACGAGCAGGAGCCCGAGUUCGAGCAGGCCAAGCCGCUGGCAGAGGACAUCAUCGACACCCUGAUCGACCUGCUGUUCUUCUCCGACUUCACCUUGCCCAAGGUGCCUGCCGCCAAGAACAAGGUCUCGUAUGCGAUAUGGCAGAGCGGCGUCGGCUGCAACACGCCCACUGCUACCACCAAGGAAUUCGAAAACAACCGGACCGAGAUUCUGCGUCUGCUCCUUACCUUGGCGAGCAAGUCCAUGUACAUGUCUGCCAAUGUGUUGCCUGUCAAGGGCGUCAAGGCAAUCACGUACAUGGCAACAAGCUUCGACAAGCAAGUCGUCUUGUCUGUUCUCUGCUCCCUGCUCAACACCACUCUGAAGUACAACCCAGCUUCGUGGCGAGUGCCCUACGACCAUGUUGUGUUCAGGGACCAGAAACAGAUACUCGUCACAUAUUGCCUGCAGUUACUGCUUGUGCUCAUACUUUAUCCCAUCCCAGAGCCAGGCACUGGAACGCCUCCCCGCAACACUUUCCGUUAUUUCCUCGGUCGCUUACACCGGCCGCAAGAUUUCCAGUUUUUGGUCGACGGGAUGACCAGGAUACUCAAUCAACCUCUACAAGCAACAUCCACAUACCUUCCAGGAAGCCACAAGUCACUGACGUGGGCACCAGAGAUGAUCAUGUUAUUCUGGGAAACCUUGCAGUGCAACAAGCGCUUCCGGUCCUUCAUUAUCGACACUGAUAGAGCCCAUGAUUUUGUUGUUCUGGUGCUGUAUUACGCUAUGGAUCAGCGCAACGACCCUACUAAGCAGGGUCUCGUCAGGAUGUGCAUUUUUGUAUUGCAAACCCUGAGUGUGGAGUCUCACUUUGGCAAGAGCUUGAACAAAACAUUCGAGGGACAAGAGUCGCUACCGGCCAGCAUUCGCAUAACCAAUUUCCAUGGCACAUAUGCCGACUAUCUUAUCACAUCAAUAUAUACACUGCUUACCACGAGCAAGGGAAAGCUAGACGCCAUAUAUCCAGCGUUAUUAGCAGUCAUCCAGAAUAUCGCUCCUCAUGUGCAAAAUUUAGGCAGGGCUCCAAGCUCGAAGCUUCUACAGUUGUUCGCAUCAAUGUCCUCCCCUAGCUUCUUAUUCGCGAACGAAACGAAUCACACUUUGCUGCAGUCCUUGCUGGAAGCUCUCAAUGCUAUAGUCGAGCACCAAUACCAGCACAACCCCAACCUGGUUUAUGCCAUUAUAAGGUCACGGAAACGAUUCCAAGCCCUCCGCAACUUUACACUAGAAAGUGGCCAGGAGGAAAUCGAACGCCAAAACCAGCUGCGAAAGGAGAACAGUGGGGAGCAUCCGCGAGCGGACUCGAUCGACAGCAUGCGGAGUCCGACUAUGCCACGUACACCUACGCUGAGCAAUGUCCCUGAAGAGAGCAGUGCUUUCGCUAUUGGUGACGAUGAAGAUUCUGAUGCUGAUGAGCCUCACCCGGCGACCACUCCGCAAUCGCCAGUUCACGCUCCCUCAGGCGCUUCGAGAAGUGGCUCGAUAGCAUCGUCGAUAGACGAGUCAGUACCUCUGCAACUCAGAGGCAUGUCCGAGAAGGCACGCGGGAAAAUGCCUGUUGGACAGCCUGCAUUCUCGCGGCAAAACAGUACCACCAGUCUCAGCAGCAUCGCAAUUCCUAUCUUAGGCACGGCUGAUUUCUUCACGCCCUCUGCUGCAUGGAUCGAAAGCUGGCUCCCUGAAUUGCCGUUGCACACAAUUCUUAUGCUGAUAUCUGAGCUGGGUCCGAAGAUCCCCAACACUGGCUCCUCAACUGCCGACACAGCAGCCGCCUUGAAGAUCAUACGCGAAAGCGAAGUUCGCGGCAUUGAGCCUUCGCCAAUCAAGAAUUACUCUUUCGAGUGGUCGCCGCUCUCCAUGGGUUGGUACGAAUCCCUCCUCUGGAGCUUCAUUUUUGCAGGCGAAAUGGUAGUGUCCAAAGGCACGGCGGGUGUAUGGAACAACACGAGCAUCCGUUUGUUCAAGGUGCAGGAAGCGGCAGCCCAGGCGCCCAGUCUGUUGGCGCCGCGGGGCGCCGUGGACGCGGUGGGCAGCACGAUCGUGCAGAGGAUUGGGAGUCUUAAUUUGAGAGACCGAGCCACUCAAAUGGCGCAGGGGGGUGCGCCUAAUAGUGGCAAUUCCGGGGAAAGGCCGAGUACGGUUAGAGAGAUCUAGGGACACUACAAGGGCAGUAGGACCCUGAACGACCGAACGCGUGUGGUCGGUGGCUCAGCCACGCUUUUAGAGUAGCAAUUCUACAUAUUCAUCAUCUUGAA